AAAAUAGAGUUUAAAGUGAAAAAUAUAAUGAAACUAAAGAUGUUUUAGAACAGCUUCAAAUUAAUAAAAAUGGUUGGGAGGAAGUCAUUUGUUUUCAUUAUUAUAAAAUUACUGAUAAAAGUGAAAUAAGAAAAACAGGGACCGGGUAUCUUGGGGGUCACGUGACAUAAAUUGCAAAGUUCAAGACUGAAAGCCACGCGCUGAGUCAGCAACAAGAGAGGCCAAAUAUCUAAAAACCAAAUAUCUAAAAUUGCCACAUGUCUCCAUGCAACUUGCUAUCAUGAAUGCGGCGUCCCGUAUUUUUAAACACCCAUCUUAUUAGUCCUCAAGUAUCCUUUGGUACUGACCCAAAAUAUCGAAAAUGCCACUGAUGGAGAAGUGAAAAAAGUAUAGUUAAUAUCAGAUUUUUCAUUUUGUUAUUAAAAUAUUAAUGGCUAAAACGCUCUCUCUCUCUCCCAUCUAAUCCUAUAAAUGAGGAUGUUAAGAGUGAGCAUGAGAAGGUCUUCUUCAAAGUUCAAAACAUCAUCAAAAUAGUAAAAAUCACUGUAGUUCCAAAACACGUUUUCUCUCUUUCUCUCUCUCACUCACCAAAAGAGAAAAAAGAAAAUCUUUGAUUUCUUUCUCACUUCAAACAAAAAAAUCUCGUGAUAUAAUUUUAUUCUUGAUUCUCUCGAAAUCUCCUCACAACAAAAAAAAACAAACCCCGAAACUUACCGUGAUUCACAAGUUCUUCUUCCUUCUAUAAUCCCUUUCAUUUCGUUUUGUUGAUGCGAACAUAGAGAAAAAAAAAAACUAAAAUGAUGGAAGAAUAUAUUGAUUUUCGACCACUGAAAUACACAGAGCACAAAACAUCAGUCACUAAAUACACCAAAAAGUCACCGGCAAAAAAUCCCUCCGGCGAAACUCGACCUGACUCAGUGAGAAUCGUUCGUGUCUCUGUAAUCGAUCCUUACGCAACCGAUUCAUCAAGUGACGAAGAAGACUUCCUCUUUCCUCGCCGGCGAGUCAAGAGAUUCGUUAACGAGAUCAAAGUCGAGCCAGCCUGCAACAACAACAACAUCAAUAUCACCGGAGUUUCAAUGAAAGAGAGGAGGAGACUCUCCGAUGAAACUCAAUAUCCGGCGACCAGUCGUCACCGUCGUCCACUCAAGGUAUCAAUCCCCUCCGCUCAAAAUGGGAGGAAAUUCCGCGGCGUUAGACAACGGCCGUGGGGGAAAUGGGCGGCGGAGAUUCGAGAUCCCGAGCAACGUCGGAGGAUUUGGCUUGGUACUUUCGAGACGGCGGAGGAAGCCGCCGUGGUUUAUGAUAACGCUGCCAUUAGACUCCGUGGACCGGACGCUUUAACCAAUUUCUCUAUACCGCCUCAAUCUCAAGAAGAAGAAGAAGAACCGGAACAACCGGUUAUUGAUAAACCGGAAAACAACAUUGCAACGACAACAACAACAACAACAACAACAUCCAGUUCCGAAUCAACCGAAGAUUUUCAACAUCUUUCAUCUCCUACAUCGGUUCUCAAUAUCCGACCAUCAGAAGACAUACAACAACCGUUUAAAUCAGCUAAACCGGAACCAGAAACUUCAGAUGCACCAUGGUGGCAUAGCGGGUUUAGUUCCGGUUCAGGUGAAUCAGACGAUUCGUUCCCUUUGGAUACUUCAUUUCUCGACAGCUAUUUCAACGAAUGUCCACCUGAGAUUUCAAUAUUCGAUCAACCAAUGGGUCAAGUAUUUUUUGAAAAUGAUGAUACAUUCAAUGAUAUGUUCUUGGGUGGUGAAAUUAUGAUGAUGAACAUUGGAGAGGAGUUUACUUCAUCCAGUAUCAAAGAUAUUGGUUCAAUGUUCAGUGAUUUUGAUGAUUCAUUGAUAUCAGAUUUAUUACUGGUUUAAUAUCAUCAGCCAGAAGAAGCUUGAGAGAAACCAUGAGCAAAUAUCUACGGCGUGACUGAGAAAUUUUGAUGUUUUUAAUUAUUUCUUUUUAAUUUUAAUAACUUUAAAUUUUGUCUAAGAACUUGUAAAACAGUUUUUGAGAAAUAGUAGAAAAUAGUUAAUGAGUUUUGUUUUAUUGUUA